GGAAUGGAAAUAUCCAAUGUCACGUGCAGUAGUAUUGUUGCCUCAGGGAAAAGUUGAUGCCUAAUGAAAUUAGCGUAUUCGACGCGGCUUCAGGUGCCUGAAGCUCUCGACCGUGUUGCAGGCACGACAGAGCUCCAAAGAUCUUCACAACCUCAACUCCAUCCUCCCACCUUGAAGCUCCGAAUCACUCCACCACACAAAAUUCAUCAUGACUUCGAUAGGUACGGGUUACGAUCUCACAAACUCAGUCUUCUCACCAGACGGCCGAAAUUUCCAAGUUGAGUAUGCAGUCAAGGCGGUAGAGAACGGUGGUACCUCCAUUGGCAUCCGGUGUAAAGAUGGCGUUGUUCUUGCGGUCGAGAAGGUCAUUUCCAGCAAGUUGUUGAAGCCGGGAGCAAACAAACGUAUUGCAACGAUCGACAGACAUAUGGGUGCAGUUUCAUCAGGCCUUGUUCCAGAUGGGAGACACUUUAUUUCUCGAGCACGCGAUGAAGCAUCAAGUUGGCGAAAGGUCUACAAGACUCCCAUCACAACCGCAGAUCUAGCAAGUCGAAUGGGUGGAUAUCUUCAAGCAUAUACCCUGUACUCUUCCGUUCGACCGUUCGGCAUCACUGCUAUUGUAGGAGGCUGGGAUUCCGAGCUCGAGCUUCCUGUUGAUGGCCAAGUUGGUAGCGGACCUUCUAUUGGUGCUGGGGGCAAGGUUGAGGGCAAGAAAUACGGUGGACCAGGUCUCUACAUGAUUGAGCCUAGUGGAUUAUACUGGGGAUAUUAUGGCGCGGCUACCGGAAAGGGACGUCAAACCGCUAAGGCUGAGCUGGAGAAGUUGGACCUGGCGGCUGGCAAAUUGAGUCUGGAGGAUGGUGUCAAGGAGGCGGCCAGAAUCAUCUACGUUGCACAUGCCGACAAUAAGGACAAGGAGUUCGAGUUGGAGAUGACUUGGAUCAGCAAUCUGGAGGGUCCUACGAAGGGAAGACAUGAGGAUGUUCCAAGGGAGGUUCUCGAGGAGGCCGAGAGAUUAGCGAAGAAGGCAUUAGAAGGCGACGAUGACGAGGAAGAGACGAAGGAGGAUGAUAAGCCAGCUGAGGAAGACAAGAUGGAGGAAUAGACACGUAUGUGUGAAAAGCACCCUGUAUCAACACCUACAUCAUAUUUGCUGCUUCCUUGAGCUCAGAAGACUGAGAAUGCGUGAUCAAUGAUUCCAAGCCG